CGAGCGAGCGAACAGGAACUGUCAGCCAGUUUCAUGACGUAUCUCAACAUUAUCUCAUGAUACGAACACAGAGGGAUAUUAAAUGCAUUGCUUUUUAAAAUUACCUUCAGAUGUCCCGCCAUGGACGCAGUUCUGUCAUUGCAUUAAAGGGCAUUGGAUGGAUUUCCUAACAUGUUACACAAACACACGCGGGAGCAGCUUCCUCCACAUGGUCUCGCGAUAUUUCAAUCCUGGGUUCGGUGAAAAGUGGAGCGAGGAGAGGAGAUGCGCAGAUGUCGGCCAAGAGGCAUUCAGUUAAGUCAGGGUGCUUCUCGAGAGACAAUAUGAUGGCAGUGCAUAUUUGUUUUAAAGAAAUCCUUAUUAUGUUUCAAAUAAUACAAAUUAAAUCCUUUGGUGUGUUUUUCAUGUUAAGUUGAAGCGUGUCCUUUAUCAUGGGAAGUUCAGCUUGUGUGACCUUUGGGGAAAGAAACUUCACUUUGCAUCUUGUUUGAGUGUCUGCAGUGAUUUUCCUAAUGUAAUGAAAACCCAUGCAGAGCAUUUUCUGGAGAAAACUCUCUGAUUUACAUGUGACAGACGAAGUGAUCUUGCUCAGUCAGCUCCAGACGCAGUUCCCGCAGUACUAUGUGCUUCAGCUCUUUAAAUUAAAAUAGCUAUGGGCAUGUUACUCCAAAACUCUGUCUUUUUGUGGAUGUCAGUUGGAUUUGUAUCUUUACUGGAAAAGUCUGAGGCCUAUACAGGGAAGGAGUUCCCCGCAGAGUGUGAAUUUGUUUACAGAAAUAUCUGUUUUGAGUUUCUUGGGGGAUCUGAAAGCUGGUCCCAAGCCAGGAGUAGCUGCGAAAAGCAAGGAGGGGAGCUCCUGAAGGUGAUGAACAGCGCGAUCGAAUUGUUCCUGAAGAACAUCACCAUAGGAGGAAACACCAGCAAUUUCUCCUGGUGGCUGGGAGAGAGAGUCCAAUGGCAGUACCUGGUACCCAUCAUACAAAAUGCCUACAUUUCACAAGACAACUGCACAUACAUGAAGCUGGAUCCUCUUCAGCUCGUCACAACAUCUGACUGUAACCAGAGACGAGGCUUCCUCUGCACCCACAAUGUGUGGAAGUCUUCAUCAAACACAAAGAACACAACGGUGUCCAGUCAUGCAACCAGAUCUCGACCCAAAAGGGGUGUUGAUCUCAUGGCUUCGUAUGUGGAAAACAUUGAUGACCUUCUCUUGGAAGCAGACAAAGAACUUCUGCGAAUGGAAACCACAGUCGGGGAGCCGACAGACAACAGCAGGGACGAAUUCAUUAAACAUUUGUUGAAUGGCACAAAAAAACUGACUCCAGAAUUUGCUUUGAGAAAUAACGACACCAUCAGUCACAUCAUCAACUGUAGCACUGGUAUCUUCCUUCUCUCAUUGGACAAAUGUGACAUCAAUACUAACCCCAACCCUAAAUCUUUGUUCGAGGCGGUCUUUGAGAUCUUUCGGACAAUCUCACUGCUGGUUGGUAAUGGAACCACACACAAUGUCCUCAUCAGGCACCCAGUAGGCAACAUCUUUCAGAGCAGACACACACCAACUGAUCUCAGCAACGCCGUGCUCGGUUCAGAAAAAGAUAGUGAGUUUGCCAAACUCCCCUCAUAUGCAGCACUUGGGCCUCAGCUUGGAAAAUACAACCCAAUCACUGCUCAGCUGGCUUUGUUCUCAAUAAAUCCCCAUCCGUCUGAUGACAACAUCUCAGGAGCUGUUUGCAGCCUUUUACUGAGUUGUGGAAAUAAAGACAUAACGCUGUCCAACCUUUCAGAGAGUAUACAGAUCUUUUUGACUCGUCCAAAUGCUACAAUACAGAUGAACACCACUAUUGUGUUGGAGAAAGACACAAAAGCUGUGACAAUAUUCAACGUCUCCGACCCUAAUAUGACCAUCUUCAUUAGCGUGAUGCCCAGUACUAAUGUGUCAUUACAUUUGGUUUUGUCAGAAGGAUCACCUCCUACCAAUACACAUUUCAACAAAAUGACCACCUUGAGCCCAACAGGAGACUAUCGCUGGAUGCUAACCCCAGAGAUGUUACAGCAGACCCCUGGAGUCUGGUAUGUUUCCUCCAGCGUCUCUAAUUCUUGGGAGCCAAACAUGACGCUGACGAUCACUUCCUUUAUGAGCAAGUGCUUGUACUGGGACAUAGCGAGGGAGACAUGGAGCACUGAUGGCUGCCACGUAGGGGACAAAAGCACUCCACAGCUAACACAGUGCCUGUGUAACCACCUCACUAUCUUUGGGAGCUCCUUCUUUGUCAUGCCCAACCACGUGGACAUAUCUCGCACGUCAGAGUUGUUUGCCACCGUGUCUGAGAACUUUGUGGUUCUGGCCCUGUUGUGCACUUUCUUUGGGCUCUACCUGGUCACUCUGCUGUGGGCCUGCUAUGCUGACCGCAGAUCGAGCUCUAAGAGGAAGAUGACUCUUCUGGAAGACAACCACCCAGGCGCUCAGUACAACUAUCUGAUCGGUUUCCAAACUGGCCAUCGCAAGAAUGCUGGGACUACUGCCAACGUGACAGUGAAGCUGAUUGGAUCAGAGGGCGAGAGUUGCACAUACAACCUCACGGACCCUGACAAGCCUGUGUUUGAGAGAGGAGCGUUUGAUAUGUUCCUGCUGGCCACACCCUUCCCACUGGGCGAAGUGCGAAACCUCAGGCUGCAGCAUGACAACUCUGGAGGUCACCCAUCAUGGUAUAUAAACAAGGUGACUAUACAAGACCUCCAAACGCGACAUGUGUUUCACUUCUUUUGUGACUGUUGGCUGAGUACUGACCGUGGAGACAGCAUGACCAAGAAAACCUUGAAUGCUGCAAAGAACAACGAGAUUGCCAGUUUCAGGAAUAUUUUUCAGAGCAGAACAUCGACUGGCUUCAGGGAUGAGCACAUCUGGGUUUCCAUAGUGGAUCCGCCCUCACGUAGUCCAUUCACUCGUGCCCAGAGGGUCUCCUGCUGCAUGAGCCUGCUGCUCUGCACCAUGGCCAUCAAUAUCGCCUUCUGGAACAUUCCUACAGAUGAGGACUCGCCAGUACUCUUCUCAAUUGGUUCUUUGCAUAUCACCUGGCAGGAGGUCAUGGUGGGGGUACAGAGUGGUCUUCUCAUGUUUCCAAUCAACAUCCUCAUCAUCACCAUCUUCAGAAGCAUCAGACCUCGCAUGAUAUCAAAAUCUAAAAAAGGGGACUCAAAGGAGAACUUGAGACCCCCAGCAGUGACCUUAGCAGCUAUUCUGAAGGAUACAGAGGAGGUGAUUUCUUCUGUGAGCAGUAGUCCGAGGAACAAGAUGUCAGAUAUGCACAGACUGGAGUCCACCACUGACCUUGGCCUUGCCUUGGACAGGGUGAAUGAAUUCAUCCAGCUUAUGCAAGGGGAGAGUGAGAGUGGUCCUCACUGGGUGUACUGCAGCAAGUUCCUCCUGGCUGGUCUCUGUCACCUCCUGAUGUGCCUGGUAAAACUGGAUGAAAAGCACUUUCCGAGUGCACAAGAAUACCAGCAGACCCUCAACACCACCAACCUGCUGGUUUGCAAGGCUGAGAUGGUCUUCAGCAGCCAUUUGGCCUUCUGCCCACUCCCUGUGGAGAAGAAGAAGACGAGGUCGGCAAGCUGCUGGCUGCCCUGGUGGUGUGUGUUCCUGGGCUGGUUCCUGUUGCUGUCCAUCAGUGGAGUUUCCACUUACUUCACCCUGUUAUACGGCUUUUGGUACGGCAGAGGAAAAUCUAUCAAAUGGGUCAUGUCUCUGGGCCUCUCCCUCUUCCAGAGCAUCUUUAUUCUGCAGCCACUCAAGGUGAUAGGAGUUGCUGUGAUUUUUGCCCUGCUGCUGAAACCUGUAGCUGUGGAGGAGACUGAAGAAAUUCAGCAGGUGAUGUUAGAGCAACAAGACAAGUGUAGACGCUACACUGGCAAGGAAACACUGUGAGGAAGCUGCAUUUAGCUGAACAUGUGGUCUUCUUCGUGGGCACAGCUACGAACCAUGACAACCCUCUCUGCUUCAACACUCUUUUGCACUUAUUGGAAGUUUUAACUUUCUGAAUAUAUAAUUAAUUCUGGUGUUUUGUUUGUAUACAGAUUUUCCAAUGUUUUCAGAAACGGUGAUUCAGAGUAAAUGGGUAACUAAAUAACUGUAGCUGUUGCGUGUCAUUGUGUUGCUUUUUCCUAGUCAUUUACUAUCCGUGAUGAUGUGUGUGUAUGCAAAGAAAAUCUCUGGUUACUUUCGUUCAUUUCAGGAGGCUGUUAUUGUCAUUGUCCUAAGAAAUCAACCUCUAUGUCUGACCCCAAAUCAAAAUCGCCAUCACAGAAACUACAACACUCAUAACUUAGCGAAGAAGCUCAACCUGAAAUUCUAUGUUCAUAACCAGAUCAGACCAAUUAUCACCCAUUCUGUCUCAGACAUCUACAUGCAAUUAUUAUUUUUAUAAUGUCUUCCAAUUUGGUCCCUCGCACAAAAGAAACCAUUGAACCAAUAGCAAGACGAUCGCACUCAUAAGGUCCAUUGCAACCUUCUCUCUCGGACUCACCACUGCACUGUACUUUCACAUUGUUACGCCCUGCCGUUUCAGAUAUUUUGUAAUAUUGUUAUAGUUUGAGUUAUUUUGAGUAGU